AUGACUUCAGCCUCCACUUCCCCGCCAAACGGCGUCUUCGUGCCCGUCCCAACCUUCUUCAAGGCCGCCGCUGAAUCCAAAACACUCCAGGCUACCGUUGACGUCCAGACACAAGCUGAGCACAGUGUGUUCCUUGCCAAGAAUGGCGUCCGCGGUCUUGUUCUGCUCGGCUCUACUGGCGAGGCCAUUCACAUGAACCGUCAGGAGCGCAUUGACCUGAUAUCUGGCGUGCGCAAAGGACUGAACGAUGCGGGAUUCCCCGACUAUCCCAUCAUGGCGGGAACACUGAUCAACAGCGUUGACGAGACGCUGGAGCAGCUUGAGGACUACAAGAAGGCAGGUGCACAGUGGGGACUUGUCCUUGCGCCUGGGUAUUUUGGCGCUGCGGCCAGCCAGGAGGGCAUCAGGGAGUGGUAUACGGUUGUUGCGGAUGCAUCACCUCUUCCGAUUCUCAUCUACAACUACCCCGGCGUAACCAACGGCGUUAUGGUCACUCCAGAGACGUACCGCAUUCUCGCCCAGCACCCCAACAUCGUCGGCUGCAAGAUGUCUCAUGCUGUUGUAUCGUGGCACAACCAGGUCUCGCUCGACCCCAAGAUCGACCACAGCAAGUUCAAGGUGUACAGCGGGUUGGGACAGCAACUCGGUCCCAUCGUCAUCUUCGAUGCGGCUGGUGUCAUUGACGGUCUGGCGGCUAUCUACCCCAAGACCGUCUGUUCACUAUACAAGCUUGCCGAAGCCCGGCCGAUUAGCAACGAGAACCUGGAGAAGAUCAAGAAGCUGCAGUACAUUGUCAGCACAACGGAGGAAUACAUUGGCAAGUACGGCAUUGUAGGUAUCAAGGAGGCCGUUAAGCGUGUCACUGGCUAUGGCACAUUGGAGGGUGGAAGGCUGCCAAUUAAGGGCAAGCUGCCCGAAGGUGAGUGGGAGAAGUGGAGUGAGGCUUGGGAGAGAAUACAGCAGGCAGAAGACUCGCUGUCUGAGAAAGACUUCAAGUAA